UGCGAUUACACUGCAAUUGCAUUGGAAAGGCUAAUCUUCGAGAUGAAAAAAGGUCAAGCGAUCUGAGCAAAGUCACGAUCGGAUCUAGCAGUAGCUAUCCUCCCCAGCUGAAACUCACAGGCUUGCCAAUUGGGCUAAGAAAAACCCAUACAAACUCCCCCAGCGGUCGGUGUGGGGAGAGAAACUGAAGAUCGGUGAUUUGCGCUCUAUGGGAUCUUCUUUCUCCUUUCAUACCAUCACCGUCGAUUCUUUUUUUUUUUUUUUUUCUCUCUCUUCAACUGUUAUUUCCUUAGCCUUUGUGGAUUCUUCUCAAUUCUCUCAAUUCCUUUCAUACUUAUCUUUUUUAUCAUCUCACGAGCUGCCGCAUACCUUCGAUCGCACAGAACAUUUCUCGAUCAUCCCUUUCACCCGGACCUAACGAGGCUGGAAUCUUUCCGUGCAUGUCGCGUUCCAAUUGACCAACCCAAGAUUCCCCCGUCGUGAACCUCUCCCCGGCCCUCCCUUGCUGGAAUUCUUGCGAUCGGGAAUUCCCCAGUCCGCCCGUCGCGGGGAUUGGCAACACAAGCCCGAGCGCCGAAGCUUGUGGCCUUGACAUUCCACAGAUCGCGCCGGCUAGACCAGUCUCGUCGCCGCUGCCAUGCCCUGGCGGCCGCUGCCUCGCAUUGCCUUUGCGGUGGCCAUCUACCCGUUCCACCCCUCUUCCCCGGCGGACCUCCCCCUCGAACUCGGCGAUGAAUUGUAUAUUAUUGAACAAGGCGGGCUGGACGGUGAAUGGUGCCGCGGAUAUCUUGUUGCGCCACCGUCAUUACUUGCGGGAUUGACCAGUACCAAGGGUCAAACGCUCGAGGCCCGCGUCUUCUCGGGUAUCUUCCCGCGGAAUUGCGUCGAGAUUCACGAAGUACUUGGCGACGGCGAAGGAUAUAAGGCGCUACUCAAUGGCGAUCGGAAGAGCGUAGAUCGCCUGACCCUGCCAGGUCUGUCGGGAUUGGAUGCCGACCUGGUGUCGCGCAGCAGUGUGGCCUACUCGGUCACCGAGUCCCAGACCGGCGGUGAGGUGUCCGAGGUGGUAGUCGCGAAGAAGGGCAAGCCCGCGCAAAUUGUGAUUCACAAAAUCGACGAGGCUGAUCUAUCCAACCCGCCAUCCGCUCAUACCUACCGAACUGGUUCGAUCCCGCAUACGCCCGUGACUCUCGCUCCCCGCGAUCCCGAUGCGCCGAAGCCUGCGGCCCCCGUGCCGAUGCUCAAAAUUGGUGACGAGACACCCACCUCUCUAACGGAGCCAUUGGUCGAUGAGAUUGCCUCCUGCCUGCGCGAAUGGCACUCGACAAAUUUGCAUGAGCUGCUGCUGGCUCGCCAGUAUGACGUGUUGGAGGAAAUGUCAACGAUCGUUCAAGAAUUGGAUUUCGCGCGGCGCCAAUUGCUGCACAAUGUCUUGACUGGGAAAGAGAAGGAGGCGCUUCGCGAUGAGACGGUCUGGAAGCUUGUCAGGGCCAAUAAAAUGCUGAGCGGGGAUACCAUCGUACGAGACCCCGAGCAGCGAGGCCGAUUGUUGACGGGUGAAGAUUCGGCUAUUCAACUUGCGAAGCUCCAGUCGGAGAUGAGUAUGCUUGAUAGCAGCCCCAUUACCAAUUCUGAUAGCACCGCUCUCAACCACCUCUUGUUGGAGAUCAACGCCGUAUCUGGAAAUGCCCCAGGACCCGUCUCUCUUGGAAUUCAGCUGUAUUCGCGGUCUGACGCUGGCGCAUAUAACCCGAUGUCCGAAACAUACAGCUUGGAUAUCCCGUCUCCUGAUAAGUUUGUCAGUUUGACACAGAGCAAUAAACUAAAGACGCUAUUCACCGAGCUCGCUGCAACGGAUAUUGGAGAUGGUUCCCCAAAUGGUCGCCAACUCUAUGUGGUUGCUUCCGUGCGUGCGGCCGAAUAUCGGUCGACCGUUGACAACACACCCGUCUCGAGAUCAUCAAUAUCACGCGAAGGCUCUACGGCUUCGAAGCCAGCUGGAGCUGGUGGAAUCCAGCCAUCGGCCAAGGGCAGUCUGCGUACACGGCGAAGCAUGAUGUGGGCACCUAAGACUCGCGGCUCACCUAGUCUAGACCAAAUACCCAGGUCUGGGGCCUCGGGAGCUCCGCGGUCAUCAAGCAGCUCGUCCGCCCCGCAAGAGCCAAACGCUCCCUAUCCGACCCCGACGAAGGAGAGCUCUGCCAUUCGAACCAUCGGUGUGGGUAUUUUGGAGGUCUCCCCAAUUCUACGACAAGAUCGGGAUACGGAAUCUGUCAUCAACAUCUGGUCUCCUCCCCGCGAAGGCGAAGAAGGCGAGGUUCACACAGACGGGUUUGAUAAGUUACUUCAAACCCUUCUUCCCAGCUCAACUGGUCGGUACAUACGUGCCGAUACUGCUCGUCUGCACAUACAUCUGCAUCCGUUCACGAGUACCGACCCGGAAGCCCUUGUGCGCCAGAACCCAACAAUCCUCCAGGAUGUUGUACAGACUCGCCGCAUAGGUUUCUCCAAGGCGCCUACCAAGCCCCGAUCAGAUAUCUAUGUGACUAUCUCGCAGGCUGUUUUCCCAACAGAUGCUCUGCUGUCUCACCCAACGGCUGGCCAGAUCCCUCUGCAGCCAACUACCGACCUCCGAAAUCUCCAGCUCACGCUAGAAAUUCGUGAUUCUUCUGGUGCCCGGGUGGACAAGUGUGUCUUCCCUUCAUCUGCCAACACUUCCCACACUGCAUGGCGGACGACAAUCGCCCAACGGGGCACGCCAUGGUACCAGACGAUUCGUUUGAAUAUUCCCACCGAGAAGAUUCCCGGCUCGCACAUGAUAAUGAGUGUCGCCGAUGCGCCAGAAUUCCCUUUCGCUCUGGCAUGGAUGCCUCUUUGGGACCAGCAGGCUUUCAUCCGAGAUGGUCAGCACUCUCUGCUGCUCCAUGCUUAUGAUAAGCAGACAUCCAGCAUUGAGAAUGGCAAGGGCGCAUACUUGAAUCUCCCGUGGAGUGCUCUGGGAAAGAACGAGUCGGCCAAAGAUGAAGCGGUCACGGGCCCUUUGGCAACUCUGCGUCUCCAGACUCACCUCUGCAGUACGGAGUACUCGCAGGAUCAAGUUAUUUUGAGUUUGCUGAACUGGAAAGAGCGUCCUGUCGACGAGGUGCUGAACACCCUUAAGCGGUUGCUUUUCGUUCCGGAGAUGGAGAUUGUCAAGCAAGUCCGUGGAGUUUUCGAUGCGCUUUUUGGCAUUUUGGUUGAGAACGCCGGCAACGAAGAAUAUGAGGACCUGAUAUUCAACAACCUGGUCACUGUACUAGGAAUCGUUCAUGAUCGGCGUUUCAACCUGGGCCCUCUGGUUGACCAUUACGCGGACGAGCAAUUCAACUUCCCCUUUGUGACCCCAUGCCUGAUUCGGAGCUACCUGCGCCUUUUGAAUGCUGCGACCGAUUCUUACCAGUCCCGUAAUCUGCGUGCUGCGUUCAAGGUUGGACGACAUCUGCUCAAAUUCAUUAUUAAUGCUCGCGAGCAGCAAAAAGCCAAGGAAGAAGGUAUCGGAAUCACUUCGGUCCAGUCAACCUUCAACAGGGACUUGCAUACGAUUUUCAAGUCGAUGGAAAGCCUUAUGAAGAACACCUCCCCGGCUUUGGUUGGAAGCAAGACUUUGAUUGUGCAACACUUCCAUUCAUGGCUACCCGAGCUGUCCAAGGUCCUUGGCCGCGAUGAAAUGAUUAUGAUUGCUCUGAGUUUCAUGGAUUCUUGCAAGGAUGUGACGGGGAUGUUGGUUCUUUACAAGCUGGUUCUCAUCCAAAGCUAUACCCAGUUCGAGAUCUUCGCUUCUGGGGAGGAGAGAAAGACUCUGAUUUCCAGCUGCGUUGGCUGGCUAGCACCUUAUUGGGGAUCGACUGCUAGCGUGUCGGACCAGUAUCGUGACCAGGUUCGCCUCAGCAGUGCCAUCGUGGCCCAGCUACUGACGCAGUCUCACCCUCAACUUUACGAUUUCAUGCCCAGUAUCGUUGCCUCUUACUGUGCUAUCUCUGCCGAGGGAGUGGAUGAUACGGAAUACUUGUCCCUGCUCUUUAGCAAGUCUUUCCCCUUCCAGGUCAAGGUUUCCAAGACUCCCCAGAAGUUUGAUGAAGCUUUGGUUGAGUUGUCAGCAAUCAUGGCAACAAUUUCCAAGAUUGUGACACCCACGACUCCUAAUCUUAAGGAGCUGGAGCUCGCGACGUUCGUUGGACAGGCACUCGAGGCCCACAACUCUAUCAUUGACUGCGAGGCUUACCCGGAGACGUGGUUUAGCAUUCACGUGUACAACCAUCGCGCCGCAAUCAAGAGCCUGGAGCACCUUGCUCUCCUCCUGAUUGACAAGCUACUGCCAGAUGCUGACGACGCUGACGACUUUGACACGAAACUCUGGGAGUCAUUCUUCACGACGCUACUAAAGGUGAUUUCAAGUGACGCUUUGGCUCUGGAAACCUUCCCGGAGCAGAAGCGCCGCGCGGUCUGGAAGAUUGCGGGUGACGUUCGCGAGCAAGGUGCUGAUCUUUUGCAUUCUACGUGGGAAGCAAUUGGUUGGGACACUACAGAUGAGGAGCGAGAACGCUUCGGCCUGAAGAAGCUGGGUGGCUACCAGGUCCAAUAUGUACCGAAUCUGGUGCCCCCUAUAAUUGGGCUGUGUUUGAGCGUGCAUGAGGGUCUUCGCCAUGUUGCCGUUCACAUUCUCCGGACGAUGAUUCUGAGUGAAUGGGACUUGAAUCAGGAUAUCUCCAUCAUUGAAACUGAGAUAAUCUCUAGUCUAGACUCUCUCUUCAAGGUCAAGCACAUGAGCGAGAGUGUCAGCCAGAAGAUCUUCAUUGGAGAGUUGAUGGACUUGUUUGAGGGGGAUGCCGAGUCUGAUGAGGAUCUGUUCAAUGCUGUCAAGGGUCUCAUUGCUACCGUUGAUGAGCUCCUCGAUCUCCUGGUUGCCUCACAGAGCAGUAGCUCGACUCAGAGUCUGCAUGCCCUGAAGCUUAUGGAAUACAUGAAGGAUAUGGGUCGCGAGGACAUCUUCAUCCGUUAUGUCCAUGAACUUGCCGACCACCAGGCCACCUAUGACAACUUCACCGAAGCUGGUCUAGCCCUCCAAUUCCAUGCCGACCUUUACGAUUGGGACGUCAACAAGCCUCUUGCUGAGCUCCUGAAGCCAGCUUUCCCAGCACAGACUGCGUUCGAGCGAAAGGAAUCUCUUUACUUUUCAAUUAUCCAGCACUUUGAAAAUGCCAUGGCCUGGGCUCCUGCGUUGGCUUGCUACAAAGAACUUGCAGCGCACUAUGAGAGCACGACCAUGGAUUUCGCGAAACUUUCCCGCGCGCAGGGCUCCAUGGCUCGUAUCUACGACUUUAUCGCUAAGGGUGCCAAGCAAUUCCCGAGGUAUUUCCGCGUGGUCUACAAGGGUCUUGGAUUCCCGCCUAGCUUGCGGGAUAAAGAGUUUAUCUUUGAAGGCUCCCCUACGGAACGCAUGGCGUCGUUUAUCGAUCGUAUGCAACGGGAGCACCCUACUGCGCAGAUUAUGUCAUCGGGCGAAAUUCCUGAUUACGAGGGUCAAUUCCUACAGAUCAGCGGUGUUACGGCCCAUCGCGAUGUUUCUCAUCCUGUGUAUCAGCGGUCCAAGGUGCCUGGAUCUGUUCGUGAACACUUGCUGAUCUCCGAUCCCUCUCGCUUCUCGGCCACUUCUCGGAGACAUACCAGCAGCUCAGAUGUGCGGGAGCAGUAUGUUGAGAAACUCAUCUUCUCCACUGCGGAGCCUUUCCCGAAUAUCCUUCGCCGCAGCGAGAUCAUUGCCGUGAAGGAGAUUGCCCUCUCUCCUCUGCAGACUGCCAUUGAACGGACCUGGCGCAAGACCCAGGAAUUGCAGCUUCUGGAGCGUCGGGCUGCAUCUGGUGAGGACAAUGGCUUGUCGAAUCUGACCGAGGCACUGGAGCAGUUGCUUGAGAUGCGAUCAUCGCCGUCCAAUUGUGUUGCUGUUUACCGUGCAUUCCUGAGCGGUGCUCAGGGGAUCAAGGAAAAUGGCGACACCGCAGAGACAGAGGAUGGCGAUGACGAAAUGAAUGGUGAAGAAGAUGUCCCGGAGACCAUGGACCCGAUGGAGAACGCUCUUGCGGUCGCUCUCAUCGAUCAUGCUCUAGCUAUCAAGCACGCUCUGUCGCUCUAUCAGCGUCCCGCUCACCAAGCUACCCAGGCUGAGCUCCUCCGGCGUUUCGAGGCAGUGUUUGACCCUGAGCUUGCCUCUCUCUCGACCACCCCGCCGGAAUACUCAUCGCCGACACCCACCCAGCCUGCUCGGCGGUCACCAUCGUCCGAUACGCGGCGCAAGCAGGCUGUGCAGCGAUCCGUCAGCCCGGAACAAGAGCUUAUCCGGGCAUCCCGGGGUUAUACACACAACCGUAAACGUUCAGAACGGCAAUCGGUCAGCCACCGGAUUAGCAUCAUCAACCCCUUCAAGCGGUCGCAUGUUGCCUCGAACUCUAUCUUUACCAUCCAGCAAUCACCCGAGAAGGCUCAGAAUGUGACGGGUGACCUUGACGAGGGUGCCGAAGACGACGCCGCCACUAUCCACAGUCGAGCCACGAGUCGAUCCCGGGGUGGUAAGAGUGACAAGCGUCGCAGCUGGUUCGGCGGAGAAAAAAUGAAGCAUGGUUCGUCUCCCUCCGUAGCUGCCGUCAGCGAAGACGUCCAUGGCGCGUCUCUCAAGAAGCGUCCCUCGCGAAGUGCAUCCCGCGACACUGCUGCCCAGUCUCAUGACGGACGCAGUCGUGCAGGCUCGCAGCAUCGCGGACCGGUUGCUACCGGUGCCGUGAGCACACCCGUUGAGCGACCAGCUCCUGCCUCGAGUGGAGGGUGGUCAACCAUCCCACCGACGCGCGAUUAUUCGCGCCCAGUGACUCGGGACAGCACCCAUACCGGCCGCGACUUGGCAGGCAGCUUGAACGGAACAUCGCGGGCGUCAGUGUCGGUGCAGCCCGUGAACAAUAACUCGAACAAGGACGGGAUGCGCGACUCGGUUUUCCGACGGUUUAGUCUGUUGAAGGGGGUUGGUCGCAAGACGAGUCGGAUGGAUUUCAAGGCUACCGGUACCUUGCAAGAGGAGUAAUGCUGGUUUUCCCGCAACCUCUUUCUCUUGAAAUACCCUUUUUGGUUCCCAUCACGUUGACGCUUUCCUUUUCCUUUUUCUUUUCUUCUCCCUUCCUUCUUCCUCUUCUCUUCUUCUUGAUGUGACUUACUACUUCUUUUGAUGUAACCUUUCCUUUGCCUUUGUAAUUUCUCCUUUUUGAUUCUCCCCGCCCUCUUGAGUCUACCUCUUUCUCUUUCCUUCCCGUCAUUAUUUUUCUUUAUGGAUCGGGGGACUUUUGUCUGUUUUCUUGAGGGGUGUUUUGAGAUAGAUACCAAUGUUGUUCUAGUUCGUAUCUCCGCAUAGUGUUUGGCCUACGUCAGUCUAUCCUUUCUGUGGUGCUUAAUGGAUGUACAGUAAAUACCUCAAUAUUGGGGAUAUCGAAUACUAGAUAUCUGCAUGGCCUCGUUUAAAUGACCAGCCACA